CGAUUGGGCGGGCGCGGCGAUCCCUUUGAAGUGUGGCUGCCGAUCGCGGCUAUUUGACGUGCGGCUUGCGGAAGGCGAAGGUUUUUGUGUGGCUCGCCGGGGCUGGCGGCGGCAGCGGCGUCGGUGGAGGAGGGGACGAGGCAAAGAACGACCGCCGCCCGGCGCUCGACGCUGCGGAGCGGGCCCACCCGCCCCGGUAGCUCGCCUCCCCGGUGCUCCCGCUCCCUCCCCGCCCCCCCCGCGGCGCUGCCUCCUCCAAAUGAGCGAUUCGCCCGCUGGAUCUAACCCAAGGACACCCGAGAGCAGCGGCGGCGGGAAGAGGCCGGCGGUGCCGGCAGCGGUGUCCCUCUUGCCCCCGGCGGACCCCCUGCGCCAGGCGAACCGACUCCCCAUCAGGGUCCUGAAGAUGCUGAGCGCUCACACCGGCCACCUCCUGCACCCGGAGUACCUGCAGCCGCUGUCCUCCACUCCUGUCAGCCCCAUUGAGCUGGACGCCAAGAAGAGCCCGUUGGCGCUGCUGGCCCAGACCUGCUCGCAGAUCGGCAAGCCCGACCCGCCGCCCUCGUCCAAGCUCAACUCAGUGGCGGCGGCGGCCAACGGGCUGGGAGCAGAGAAGGACCCCGGCCGCCCCACCCCGGGAGCCGCCUCAGCGUCCGCAGCCCUCAAGCAGCUGGGGGACUCCCCAGCGGAGGACAAGUCCAGCUUCAAGCCCUAUUCCAAGGGUGCUGCGGGCGGCGACGCUCGCAAAGACAACGGCUCCUCCUCGGUGUCCUCCACCUCCUCCUCGUCCUCAUCCCCGGGAGACAAGGCAGGCUUCAGGGUCCCCAGCGCCGCCUGCCAACCCUUUCCCCCUCAUGGAGCGCCGGCGUCUGCAUCAUCAUCCUCGUCCUCGCCGGGCGGGUCCCGCGGCGGUUCCCCGCACCACCCUGACUGCAAGAACAGCGGCUCCGUUGGCGCAGAGCCGGACAAGAAAGACCCAGAGCCGAAGCCCAGCCCAGAGCCAGGAUCUGUGAGCCGCGGAAGUGGCGCGGAACCCAGUGCACACGGUGGUGCCGAGGCUGGGGCUUCCGGCCGCAAGUCCGAGCCACCCUCAGCGCUGGUGGGGGCCGGCCACGUGGCGCCAGUGUCUCCCUACAAGCCUGGCCAUUCCGUGUUCCCGCUGCCGCCCUCCAGCAUCGGCUACCACGGCUCCAUCGUGGGCGCCUACACUGGCUACCCGUCUCAGUUCGUGCCUGGCCUGGACCCCAGCAAGUCCGGCCUCGUGGGAGGCCAGCUGUCUGGGGGCCUGGGUCUGCCCCCCGGCAAACCCCCCAGCUCCAGCCCACUUACUGGGGCCUCCCCGCCCUCCUUCCUGCAGGGAUUAUGCCGCGACCCCUACUGCCUGGGAGGUUAUCACAGCGCCUCGCACCUUGGAGGCUCCAGCUGCACCACUUGCAGCUCGCACGACCCGGCAGGGCCCAGCCUGAAGGCCGGGGGCUACCCGCUGGUGUACCCCGGGCACCCGCUGCAGCCUGCCGCGCUGUCCUCCAGCGCUGCCCAGGCUGCCCUCCCUGGCCACCCGCUCUACACCUACGGCUUCAUGCUGCAGAACGAACCACUGCCGCACAGCUGCAACUGGGUGGCCGCCAGCGGGCCCUGUGACAAGCGCUUCGCCACCUCGGAGGAGCUGCUCAGCCACCUGCGGACUCACACUGCCCUACCUGGCGCGGAGAAACUUCUGGCCGCCUACCCUGGGGCCUCCGGCCUGGGCAGCACCGCAGCCUGCCAUCUGCACCUCCCCCCGCCCGCCGCCCCUGGCAGUCCAGGGGCGCUGUCCUUGAGGAGUCCACACACUUUGGGGCUAAGCCGGUACCACCCCUAUGGCAAGAGCCAUUUAUCCACAGCCGGGGGCCUGGCUGUGCCGUCCCUCCCCACAGCCGGACCCUACUACUCUCCAUAUGCGCUGUACGGACAGAGACUAGCGUCAGCCUCGGCGCUCGGGUACCAGUGACCUCAGCUCUGGACCUCCCAGCCCUCCGUCCUCUCCCUCCGUCCCUGCGUGCUGCUGCAGCCUCCACCACUGCUUCCCCCUGCGCGACCCCGCCCCCCCCAUCCGGACUGUGUAUUUAUUUACUAUGAUAGCUUACAAGCUGGGAAUAUAAGUGCAUUAACAGCC